GUCUGCAAGAGGAUGAACUUCAGCUCCGCGAAACAUGUAUCAAUCGGUAUUGCGUCAUUCCGAUCGGCAACAUUGAUCUCUAAAGGAAAAUUAGUGAAUCUAUUGCAAUACUGUUUUCUGAGUUAAAUAUGAUCUGCCCUUUUGGGUUAUAUGGAUCCGAAGAUGCGCAGCAGUAAACGGAGUUUUUCUUUUACGCACACCAGUUAGGUGUUUAAAAAUCCAUUGAAAUUUUAAAACAUUUUUUAAGAAAUAUACCUGGAUUCACAUUGAUGGUUUUACAAAAUAUUUACAAUUACUGCCGUUUGGGUCUUUCAAACUUUUUACAUUUUUUAUUUACCUUUAUUAACAUUUGAUUUAUUAUCGCACGUGAUAGAAAUUGUUUUGAUCUAGGCCUAUGGACUGUUUUUAACUCAAAUGGAACUGCAUUACAUUUGACGGUUUAAAUAAAAAAAAGAAUCCCUGGUUUUCAAUGUCGUCUUGGACUUUUGGGUCUCCGCCCUUUCAGCAUCCCUCCGUGAAGAUGCGACCCCCGCAUCUCAAUACUCCACUGAGGUAGCCAUGCACCACUGCAAUACAUCCGGCCUUGUGCCACUCAGCCCCUUUGCCAAUCACAGUCAGUGGGAGGGUCAUGUGACCUCUCCAUCACUCCCAAAUCUUGAAAACGUCACCUCGGACCGUCCCAUGAGCGGCCCUAUAGCUGCCAUGCUGUCAAUGACCCUGGGCAUCCUGUCUAACAUUGUGGCUUUACUCAUCCUGGCAAACGCGUAUGCCCGCCUGCGACGCCGAUCCAAAGCCUUCCUCCUGUUCGCCAGCUCUCUGGUGGCCACAGACUUCGUGGGGCAUGUCAUACCUGGUUCAAUAGUCAUGAGGCUUUACCUUUCCGGAGGCGUACCCUCUACAGAAUACAACAGGUCGGAUCCAUUAUGCCAGUUCCUAGGGGGCAGCAUGGUGUUUUUCGGCCUGUGCCCGCUCUUUCUCGGUUGCGCCAUGGCGGCCGAGAGGUGUUUGGGGGUCACAAAGCCACUGCUGCACGCUUCGCUGGUUACGAUCACAAGGACAAAAGUCUCGCUUUCAUUUAUCUGGAUGGCGGCUCUUUGCGUCGCCCUUCUACCCUGCUUCAAGCUGGGCUCGUAUACCUACCAGUACCCUGGCACCUGGUGUUUCAUUAAAGUUCUGGAGGAUGUCGAAGAGGCAGACGUGGCUUUCGUUAUGCUGUUCUCCGGUCUGGGGAUGACAACUCUGGCUGUCGCUUUGGUCUGUAACACGGUGAGCGGACUGACGCUGGUGUUGGCCAGGAUGCGCAAGCAAACCUGUAACCGUCGGUCAGCUAGGUCUCAUGACAUUGAGAUGGUGGUGCAACUUGUGGGUAUAAUGGUCACGUCAUGUAUCUGCUGGAGCCCUCUGCUGAUUGUUGGCCUAAUUACAGUAACACAGUCGUACGAGGGCUCUAUAGGAGAUGACCUUCCCACCUAUAAAACCCUGAUGAUAAUGGGGGUGCGAAUAGCUUCGUGGAACCAGAUCCUGGACCCGUGGGUCUACAUUCUUCUCCGCCGAGCCGUCCUCCAAAAGAUUUACCUCAUCACCAAACGUCAGACAGAUUUCAAACAAAACACUUUACGCUGCUGGGAGAUCCAUUCCUUUCCCAGUUCCGAGAAAAAUACUGUCAGUAGAGUAUAAGAGUAAAUCAUCAUACUCAGACAUUGUAAAGUGAAGUUUGAAUGAUGAUAAACAUGGUCACAUCUGGGGCAUUUCACACUAUGUGUCCAAUGGGGGUGUAUAAUAGUUCUGUAUUUCUCCUUCCUUUGCAAUGAUCUCCUAUGUUAAGUCAUGGAGUGAUGAUGAAUGUAUUUUUUUAAACGGAUUUGCACAGAGAUGGACAUUCCUAUUGCUUUAGCUUCUUUAUACAUUCCUGUUAUUCCCUUAAUGCACAGUAUACAGUAGUUAUUAUUUGAAACAUUCACUGAUACAGUAUUGUGCAUUUAAGACUACUUACAAUGUGUAACAAUAGCUUGGGCUAAAAAAAAGAGACAGCUGCAGGGACAGCGCAAACCGGUCGCAAAAACAAUGUUAACUUUGUUUUACUGGACGAAAAUCACCAAACCUUAAUUCAUCAAACAUUUAAUGAUUGUAAGUCUUUGUACAGCAUUAAAGGGACGGUUAUGAAAAUUCUGUCAUCGUUUACUUACCCUCAGAUAGUUCCAAACCUUUACAAAUUUCUUUGUUCUGCUGAACGCAAAGAAAGAUAUUUUGAAGAAUGCCAGUAACCAAUCAGAUUUCAUCCCCUAUUGACUCCUGUAGUAUUUAUUUUCCCUAACAUGGCAGUAAAUGGGGGAUGAGAUGAGAUUACUGACAUUCUUCAAAAUAUCUUCCUUUGUGUUCAGCAAAACAAAGAAAUUUACACAGGUUUAGAACAACUUUAGGGGAAGUAAAUGGUGACAGAACUGUCAUUUUUGGGUGAACUGUCCCUUUAACAUUGAAUAUAUAUCAAGCCAGUAAAUUUUUGUGGUGAACAUAUUUUUCCUGAAAGAAGCUAGUUUUCCACAUGCUUAUCUGAUAUGUAUGUUAUUGUGGAUAAAUGUGGAUGUAAACAAUUUUAUUAUAAUUUUUUGCUUGUGUUAUCCCUCCAAUUUUCUGGAGGCUACCUGUGUUGUUUUAUAUUGAAAGCAUUAUACAUAAUAAAUCAAAAGCAUGU